GUCCUGGAUGUCCCGGGCUGUCAUGUCCAAACACAGCGCGUAACCCGCAACAUGCUCCAUAGCGGCGGACUGCGGGAUGGCUGUGCCCCCUUUCCCGAUCACCACCCCCAGCUCCACUUCAUGGUGCAGGUUACUGGUGUAAAGGGGCACCAAGAUGGGAGAGCCCUCUUUGACAUAUGCAGUAGGAGGCUUCAGGAACAAGACGGGCUCUCGCCGGUGGAAAUCAAGGUCCAGGCAGCCUCCUUCCUUCACAGCGUGGUCAGGAAAUCUUAUCUAGUGGAACAAGCAAACAUGAAGGUUGAACUUCUCCCAGCGCUCUCUGACAACUACAUGUACCUACUGAUCGAUGUGGACUCCAAAGAAGCAGCUGUUAUUGACCCCGUGGAGCCAAUAAAGGUUGUUGAAGCUGUCCGAAAGCAUGGUGUAAAACUCACCACAGUUCUAACCACACAUCACCACUGGGAUCAUGCUGGUGGGAAUGAGAAAAUGUUGAAGCUAAUGCCAGGGCUGAAGGUCUAUGGAGGGGAUGACAGAGUUGAUGCCAUUACAAAGAAAGUUUCUCAUUCCAGCACUUUGAAAGUUGGAUCACUCAACGUCAAAUGUCUUUCUACUCCUUGUCACACUACUGGUCACAUCUGUUACUAUGUGACAAAAGAAAACAGCACUGAGCCACCAGCUGUCUUUACAGGAGAUACUCUGUUUGUGGCUGGUUGUGGGAAAUUCUUUGAGGGUACUGCAGAGCAGAUGUACAAAGCACUGAUAGAAAUUUUGGGGCGCCUUCCCCCUGAAACGCAUGUCUACUGUGGUCAUGAGUACACUGUCAGCAAUCUGAAAUUUGCACGUCAUGUGGAACCGCACAAUGAAGUAAUUCAGAAGAAGUUGGCCUGGGCAAUGGAGAAGUGCAGCAAUGGAGAACCAACUAUUCCAUCCACUUUGGCAGAUGAAUUUAAAUUUAAUCCCUUUAUGAGAGUAAAAGAGUCGUCCGUUCAAGAGCACGUGAAGCAGACAGACCCUAUCGAAACCAUGAGGAGUCUUCGCAAAGAAAAGGAUAACUUCCGAGUUCCCAGUGAAUAAAGUCCUGUGCACCCAUGUUGACUUUUCAACUACUUAUAACACUGCAAGCUGUCAAUUAUAUACUAAAGGAAAUACCUGAAGCUAUUUGCUAAACCAAGUGAAAAACAGCACAUCCACUGCAUUGACUCUAACUCAAAGUUCAGUUUUUUAUCACUAUGUCCAAUGCGAUGUAUUAUGGCAUCAAUCGUCAUCCUUUUAGUUAUAGUUGAGCUUUUUGGUUGACAAUUUUAAGGAAUAAAUGGCCAUUAUUUGAGUGUUUAAAAUAAAGAAAUGUUAUUCUGAAUGUUUAA